AUGAGUAAAGAAAUCGCCCGUGAGACCGAAUCCCUUCGGCGCGUCGCUUUUUUCGGCAUCGCCGUCUCCACCAUCGCCACGCUUACAGUGGUGUUGGCAGUGCCGAUGCUGUACAGCUACGUUCAGCACAUGCAGUCUUCGUUGCAAGAGGAGGUCGAGUUCUGCCAGAAGAGAUCCGACGGACUCUGGGAUGCCUAUGAGAAGUUCCGUGGAGCAGAGGCGCGUCUUAAACGAGAUGUCCAUCGUCAACAUGUCGGCGCUGUCUACCGCAGCCACAAGGCUCGUAGACAAUCGUACGAUGACGAGGAGGUUAUCGACGAUCAGGUUGAGGUCUCUCCAGCUAGCGGCGGAAGUUGCUGCUCUUGUGGAGUGGGAGCUGCUGGACCUGCUGGAGCCCCUGGACAAGAUGGAGCCCCAGGAAACGACGGGCAGCCGGGAGCACCAGGAAAUCCAGGACAAGAUGCCUCCGAAGAUAGCUCAGUUUCCGCUACUGACUUCUGCUUUGACUGCCCAGCCGGACCAGCCGGAGCUCCAGGAGCACCGGGACCAAAGGGACCAAGCGGAAACCCAGGAGCCCCAGGACAAUCAGGAGGAGCUGCUCUUCCAGGACCACCAGGACCAGCUGGACCACAAGGGCCACCAGGGCAACCAGGACAACCAGGAAAUGAUGGAGCUCCAGGACAACCCGGACAGCCAGGAAACGCUCAGCCAGGACUUCCAGGACCACAGGGAGACGCCGGAGCACCAGGAGCACCAGGUCAACCUGGACAGCCGGGAGAGCAGGGAGAUGAUGGAUCAGAUGGUGAUGAGGGUGCUUGCGAUCACUGCCCGCCACCAAGAACUGCUCCAGGAUAUCUUUAA